AUGCAUUUGUUCCACGUAGAUGAUAUAACACAAGACGUUUAUUGGGAUGUUUAUUGCCGCGAUUACCUCCGUAUUGAUCAUCAAAAUACCCAACUUGUUAGUUUGUCCAAUCCCGUACACAACACUGUUUGGUGCCUUAGGUCCAAUUUAGGUGUCCUGAUGCUCGAGCUUGAUUCUGAUUCUGAUGAGGAUGAGCCCAUUCCUAAUGCUCCCAUUCUUGAUGCCGAUGCGCCGAUGCAGCAAGAGCCUAUCAUGCAUCCCUAUCAUGACAUGUACAAGCAAAAGUUUCAAAGAUUGUAUGACAAGAAUAGGAGUUUGCAUCGUGACUACUCUGAAGUUUAUGAUAGUGCUUAUGAGAUAAAUACUUAG